ACAAGGUUAUGACAAUGGGUCGAAUAUGAAAGGAAAACAUCAAGGUGUACAAAAGAGGUUUUUAGAUAUAAAUCCAAGAGCCUUUUAUACUCCUUGUGGUUGUCAUAGUCUCAAUUUGGUAUUGUGUGAUAUGACAAACUCUUGUCGCAAAGCUAAAGAAUUUUUUGGACUUGUUCAACGCAUUUAUACUAUUUUUGCCAAUUCUACCAAGAGAUGACAAAUUUUAAAAGAUAAUGUAAAAGGGUUGACUCCGAAAUCAUUGUCAUCCACUCGUUGGGAGAGUCAUAUAGAUAGUGUCAAAGCUAUAAGACUUCAAAUGUCAGAUUUUAGAGAAGCUUUACUUGAAGUGUCGGAAAAUGAUUCAGAUUCUAAAAUAGAAAGUGAAGCCAAAUCCUUAGCAACAAAUGAGCUUGGUGAUUUUAAGUUUUUAGUGGCGAUAGUUAUUUGGUAUGAAAUAUUAUUUGCAAUUAAUACGGUUAGCAAGCUCUUACAGUCAAGUGAUAUGCUUAUUGAUUUUGCUAUGGAAAAAAUAAAGGGGUUGAUUUCAUUUUUUGAGGAAUAUAGAGAAACUAGUUUUAAAAAUGCCUUGAAUUAUGCUACGGAAAUUGCUCUUGAAUUGAACAUUGAUCCAGUAUUUUCUCAAAAGCGUAAAAUUCAAAGAAAAAGACAAUUUGAUGAGAAUUUGAGUACCGCGUCAGUUGAGCUAUCUGAAGAGGAAUCUUUUAGGGUUAAUUAUUUUCUUUACCUUGUUGAUCAAGCUGUUGUAUCUCUUAAAACGAGAUUUGAGCAAUACCAACAAUAUGAAAAUGUUUUUGGUUUCUUGUUUAGUUCUCAAAAUUUACAAUUGUUGGAUGAUGCAACUUUGAACUCUUGUUGUAGUAAUUUAGAGGAAAGGUUGACACAUAAUGAGCAGUUUGAUGUUGUUGGGAAAGAACUAUGUGUGGAGUUAAGGUUACUAAGAAAUAUGUUGCCUGGAGGAAAGAUGAGGCCUAUUGAUAUAUUAAAUUUUUUGAAAGUUGCCUCUGCAGAAAGAAGCUUUUCAAAAUUGAAGUUGUUGAAGUCUUACUUGCGGUCUACCAUGUUACAAGAAAGACUUAACGGCUUAGCAUUGAUAGCAAUUGAGAAUAAUCUCUUGGAUGACAUACAAUAUGAAGACUUGAUUCAUGAAUUUGCUUCAAAAAAUGCAGCAAGAAUGAGUCGAUUUAAGUAGCGAGAAUUUUUUUUAAUAAGCAAAGUAACUAUAAUGUAUUUUGUUGUUAUUGUUAGACUAU